AUGUCGUUCGCCAAAGCAGGCGCGAGGGUCCUCAUCCUUGCCGGCCGGAACAAGCAGGAUCUAGAGGCUGUCGCUGCAGAGAUCCAUGCAGUUGCCCCGGUAGUCCAGACCGACGUCAGAGUUAUCGAUAUCAGUGAUGCAACCAGCGUCAAAAACGCUUUUAUUGACCUUCGAGGAACAUAUGAGAGAAUCGACAUUCUAGUCAACCACGCCGGAUCUGGCGACUCUCCACUGCCAAUCAUGGAGGUCGAGGCGGCAGAAUGGUGGUACAACUUUGAGGUCAUGGUCAAAGGCACAUUCCUCAUGACCCAGCAGUUCUUGCAGCUGAACGGUAAGGACAUCGAUGUGAUAAUUAUCAACAUCACCAGCACGGCAGCACUGAAUUCUACCCCAUGCCUUUCAAGCUACUCCCUCUCCAAGCUUUGCCAGAUUCAACUCCAAGCUUUUGUCCGAGCAGAGAAUCCCAACGUCCGCGCUGUCAGCCUGCAUCCUGGCAUUCUUAUGACUCGCAUGACUCCUCCCGCAUUUCAGCGCUUUGCGCGAGAUACGUUUGAGCUGGUUGGCGGUGUUGCGGUGUGGUUGGCGUCUGAGGAAGCGAGAUUCAUGGACGGGCGGUACAUGUCGGUGAACUGGUCUGUGGAUGAGCUUCUUGAGAGGAAGGAGGAGAUUGUGUCUGACGGACUACUUGAGAUUGCACUACGGGGUAAAUUCGGACACUUCAAGUAA